AGCAGGAUGGGGCAAUUUCACUGUUGUCACAAAAAUGGACCGGGUGCUCAGAGGCGUGUCACAGCAGACAACCAACCAGCUUCACACCGGCGUCUAAGUCCGUCCUCACAGCGCGGCUGGGACGCAGGUGUUAUUACCCUCUCUUGGCGAAGCCGCUCGUUACGGAUCCUAAACUCCGCGUACUGCAAAGCAAGGGCUCUGAGUCCCUGCCCCUCCGCCCAAACCCAACAGCUAGACUUUCACGAGUGUAGACCACGGCGGGAAAGGAUUCUGGAGGACGCAUUUCAGAGUGAAGCAGCAUGGAUGCCGUCAGUCAGGUCCCCAUGGAGGCUGUGCUCCCCAAGCACAUCCUGGAUAUCUGGGUCAUUGUCCUUAUCAUCCUGGCCACCAUUGUCAUCAUGACCUCCUUGUUGCUGUGCCCGGCCACUGCGGUCAUUAUCUAUCGCAUGCGGACUCAUCCUGUCCUCAAUGGGGCUGUCUGAGAAUCUCCCAAGAGGGGCAGUGAGGGAUGUGGGCAGUGCCCCCUCCCCCAGCCUCUUCCUUCUCAGAAAAGCGAUGGACAGGCUUUGCUGUGUGGACUCCGGAGCUUGAUAUGUGAGAGGAGAUCUGAGUUCUUGUUUGGAUUUUGCCACUGGCCAGCUCUGUGAGUUCAGUCAAGGGACCUGUGGGUUCCGGGUUCCCUUUAAAUGGGGAUCAUGAUCCCUGCCCUUCCUACCUCAUGGGGUUGUAAGAACCAAUGACUCGGUGGGGGUGAAAGCUGUUUGUGGUUGUGAGCAGCAAAGCCACUGCGGAUAUACAGGUGUUGCUGCUGAAUGCUGAGAAGCUUUGAAGAACCAAACAACCUAAUUACUGAUGGUGGCCUUCAAGGUGGUGAGGGAGAUACUGGGGAAAGAGCAGCCUUUGCCAGUGCCCCUCAGGUCAAACCAAGCAAAGGCACCCUAUCCUCAUCGCAAGGGGCCAGCAGCACUUGGCUCAGAGCAUUUUCUUUGCAGUGCCCCUCCCUCGAGUCAUGUAACUUGGAGGGAAUUGAGCAUGGCAAGGGGAGGGAGAUGGGUCGAACUUCCCAGGACCUCUGUGCCAGAAUGUCUACAAUCAGGAGAAGGGCUCUGCCAUUUCUUGGUAACACCAAGGGACCUGGGGUGACGGGCUUCUUUCUGCAUUGGAGUCUCAUCGCUUUGAUAGUUGAGCAAUGUGGGAAGACACAGGGUGGCUGAGUCCUCCGACCAGCUUUCACGAUUUCCAGCCCCCACCUCCUCAUGUGGCCCACACUUGAGGACCGUCCCCCCCACCCCAGCACCUGCUAUCAUCAGCUCCGUGGUAUAAAGUGCACAUCCUUCCUUCCCUCCCACCAGCACUGCAGCCAAUCUAAGCUGUAGAUUUUAAGAGAUGUUCCUGGGACUUUUGUAACUAACUUAAAACAACGAGGGUUAUUUUAGAUGCUAUAAUCUAUAUUUAUGUAGAAAGAUUUCUGGACCGCUCAAGCUCUUUGACCAAGAUCAGGAACAUCUUGGGAUUUAUUAAAUUAUGUAAUAGCACAGACAUCAGAAUAUUGUGUGGAAGUAAUGCUUUUACUUUGGUCUGAUUUCAUUGAUGUACACAACCAAUUUCCAAUAAAGUGCUAGAAUGAG